AUGGCCGCGGCCUCUUCUUCCUUCACCGCCAUCUUCUUCAGCAGCGCCUUCGCCGCCUGCUUCGCAGAGGUGUGCACCAUUCCUUUGGACACAGCCAAAGUGCGGCUCCAGCUGCAAAGGAAGACGCCGCUGCCGGCGCCACCCGCGGCUGCAGCCACAGCUGCUGGUGGUGGAGGAAUGCUAGCCACGAUCAUGUGCAUCGCCAGGGAGGAAGGGGUUGCUGCGCUCUGGAAGGGCGUCAUCCCUGGCCUUCACCGCCAGUUCCUCUACGGUGGCCUCCGCAUCGGCUUGUAUGAGCCUGUGAAGGCUUUCUUCGUAGGAGGUGCUGCUGUGGGUGAUGUCAGUUUACUAAGCAAGAUUCUUGCUGCGCUUACCACAGGUGUCAUAGCGAUUGUUGUGGCAAAUCCAACUGAUCUUGUCAAAGUUAGGUUGCAAGCUGAUGGAAAGGCUAACGCUGUCAAGAGGAGUUAUUCUGGAGCCCUUAAUGCAUAUGCUACAAUAAUCAGACAGGAAGGUAUUGGAGCUUUGUGGACUGGUCUUGGUCCAAAUGUCGCACGCAAUGCCAUAAUUAACGCUGCUGAGUUGGCCAGCUACGAUCAGUUCAAACAGAUGUUUCUAAAACUUCCUGGGUUUACUGAUAACGUUUUUACCCAUAUUUUAGCUGGACUUGGUGCUGGGGUUUUCGCUGUUUGCAUUGGCUCUCCAGUGGAUGUGGUGAAAUCAAGAAUGAUGGGUGAUUCAACGUACAGAAGUACUCUUGAUUGUUUUGCCAAGACACUAAAGAUUGACGGACCUGGUGCUUUCUACAAGGGAUUCAUUGCAAACUUUUGUCGGAUUGGGUCAUGGAAUGUGAUAAUGUUCUUAACUCUGGAGCAGAUUGAUGAUACAGACCACUCUGUUGGUAUAUUAUGA